AUGGGGCUGUACAAACACAACACUCGAUAUGAGAAUCAGAAAAUCAACAAGGAACCAUUUUUCGACAUUCUAAUUCGACCACCAUCUGUCAUAACUUUCGAGCAUUACAAAAGUGUGGCAGACAUGAACGCAAAAAUGCCAAACAGUAUAGUUCCUGAUGCAAAGAACUGUGACAAUAGUAAAGUGGUCUUCAAUAAUGGGAAAUGGAGCUCCUAUACUCCCCAACAACUGAAGAGGCCCAAAACUACAAAGCUAUCAUGUAUGAAAACAGUACAAAAUAAAAAAUAUAUUUCUGUUAACUAUCUACUAAUGGAAGAAAAGCUGAAUUUUGUGAAACUACAAAAAGAAAAAUUUAUCGAAGAACACAAUAAAAACAUGGAAAUAUAUCAAAAGAAGGUUCAGCUGUUAGAUUUACAGAUCAAUGCAUUGGAUAAUUGCAAAUCAGGCGGCACAUACUCACCAGGCGGAAUAUCAUACAACUCCUCAACCUUUUUAUGGUCCUGCGUAUUGCCUGUCGCUGCAUGGGCAUCACCUUUAUCCGAGGGGGAGGAGUUUACAUGUCGCUCCGCCACCUGUGGGCGUGGUUCCGGCGAGUCUGGCGAAUCAAUCGUGCUAACGGUGCUGUUUCCGUUCAUCUCGACGGCAGGAGUUGGGGAAGCGGCCGGCGAUUGGGCGGUGCUCAUCGGCGAAUCGGCCUUUGAUAGCGGCGGCGAUGGAGAGUCGUUAGAGGGCGCUGAGGGAAUAAAGUAUCAAAUCGCUUGUAAGUCGUUUUUAAAAACACGAUUCCGCGACGCGAUACCAUCAUUGGCGCAGCUAGCAGUAGGAUCAGAAGACUGGAUCAGAACUCAGCAGAGGACUUCCAGGCUGAUUUCAAUCACUAACUUCUGGAACCGACGAGACCAGGAAGAUCAAGAGAAGCCCAAGGACGAAGAUCGACGCCAGAGUGCUGUGUCUUCAAAGUCUGAAGACCAUAACUUUAUGCAAGAUUCUAAUUCGGCUCUAGAUACCAUUACAAACUUAUUAGAAAACAUGUCUCUUAAUAACAGUACAAUCACCGUUCCAAGCAUACACGCCGCAAAAGCUAUUGCAGAUUUUCUGCCAUAUUUCGAUGGUGAUACCCAACAACUGGAAUCAUUCAUCUUUAGAUGCGAAACAUUUUAUAAUACUUAUGGAAGAUUAAAAUUAAUUAAAUCAAGAGUUGAAGUUAAAAUCCAGACAGAUCCUUCACUCACCCCUGAUCAGAAAGUUUUACUUAUCAGCCAAAAUGAAUUGAAUGCACUAGACGUAUUGACCGCAAAUAAAUACUUCUGCAAACACGAAGACUUAUUAGAAGCAGAUCCAUGCCUAGUAGAAAUUAUCAAAAAUGGAAGAAACACUUGUCCCAUAACAAGAAUACAGCAAUCAAGAACUCUGGUACAGCAGAUAUCUUCAUCUAAAGUAAUCAUAUGUCCAAGAGAGCCCACUACAGUACAUUCGUCAUGUCCAGAAGACGGCCUGAUAGUUAUUUCUCAACCAAGUCUCAUAGAACUCCAGCGAUGCAGCUUAGAAAUCAAUCAACACAAGUUCUAUCCCUCAGAUCGCAUCGACCAUGAAACAAUUUUCCCAUUACCAGCUAUAAGCCUGACCAAUUUCAUGAAGCAGAACCUUGUUGAUGUAAUAAAAUUCAACUUGAAGACAAUCCAGAAUCUUCAAAUAUCCCAAGAACAAAUCAACGAACACAGUAUCCAGUUCCCAGAUCGUCCCAUAGAGAAGACAAAUCUAAUCAUAUUUUUACUUCUUCUAUCAACUUUCAUUGGUUACAUCAUUUACCAAAUUUUAAAGAAGCUAAGAGAAGCAAGACGACGUAGAGAAGAAGAAGCAGUUCCGGAUUCGCAAACUUUGGAUCCCCCGUUUGCUCAUCUUCGGCAGGGAGGAGUUAUAUAG